GGGCGCCCUCCGGAGAUGCUGCCGUGGAAGAAGCACAAGUUCGAGCUGCUGGCCGAGGCGCCGCCGCGGCAGGCGUCCAAGCCCAAGGGCUACGCUGUGAGCCUGCACUACUCGGCGCUCAGCUCGCUGGCGCGGGCGUGCCCCGAAGGCGCGCUUAGUCGGGUGGGCAGCAUGUUCCGCUCCAAGCGCAAGAAGCUGCACAUCACUAGCGAGGACCCGACUUACACCGUGCUCUACCUGGGCAAUGCCACCACCAUCCAGGCGCGCGGCGACGGCUGCACCGACCUUGCUGUGGGCAAGAUAUGGAGCAAGAGCGAGGCGGGCCGUCAGGGCACCAAGAUGAAGCUGACGGUGAGUGCGCAGGGUAUCCGCAUGGUGCACGCCGAGGAGCGCGCGCUGCGCCGCCCGGGCCACCUCUACCUGCUGCACCGCGUCACCUACUGCGUGGCGGACGCGCGGCUGCCCAAGGUCUUCGCCUGGGUGUACCGGCACGAGCUGAAGCACAAGGCCGUGAUGCUGCGCUGCCACGCCGUGCUGGUGUCCAAGCCCGAAAAGGCGCAGGCCAUGGCCCUGCUGCUCUACCAGACGUCGGCCAACGCGCUGGCGGAAUUUAAACGCCUCAAGCGGCGGGACGACGCGCGUCACCAGCAGCAGGAGCUGGUGGGCGCCCACACCAUCCCGCUAGUGCCGCUGCGCAAGCUGCUCCUGCACGGACCCUGCUGCUAUAAACCGCCGGUGGAGCGCAGCCGCAGCGCCCCCAAGCUCGGCUCCAUCACCGAGGACCUGCUCGGCGAACAGCAGGAGCAGGAGCUGCAGGAGGAAGAGGAAGAGGAAGAGGAGCAACCCGAGGGCUGCCCGGAGGAGGAGGAGAACCGUGCGGCAGAGGGAGAGCCAGCAGAGGAGACCGAGGCGCAGCGGGCGCUAGUGGUCGCCAUGCACUUUGAGUGCGGGGACUUGUUGGACACCCUGGAGAAUGGCCGUGGGGAGGCGCUAGGAGGCGGUGGGGGCUCCCUGGGUCCGGGGGCCGGGCCGCCGCCUCUGCUGCUGGGCAGCGCCUCCGACAUGAAGGCUGAGCUGUCGCAACUUAUUAGCGACCUGGGCGAGCUCAGCUUCGGCAACGACGUGCGCACCCUGCAGGCCGACUUGCGGGUGACGCGCCUGCUGUCGGGCGACAGCACCGGCAGCGAGAGCUCCAUCGAGGGCGGGGGCCCUGACGCCACCUCCGCCACCGCCGGGGACUCGUCCGGCCAGGCCGACGGCGCCAGUGCAGACGAGUCCCACUCGGGCUGAGCUCUUCCGCGCGUCGCCGGCGCUCCACCAUGGCUAUUCAUCCGUGGUCCCGACAACCUCCCUGUCCCUUGCCCACCCCCAGGAAAGGGGAAAUGGGGCAUUUGGGGCCCGGACUUACACUUGGAGCCCAGGCCCAGCGUUCCCCCGACCGCUUCCCCCUACCUCCCGGCCCCCGCUCCCGCCCCAGCACUUUUGGUUCUGUUGCACGUGGGGAUGCGGGGAGAUGUGAGAGGGGAAAACCCCGCCAGGAGGGAGAGAGAGGGAACCCUCUGGGGUGCGGGUGAGGGAAGGCUGGCUGAAGUUCCUAGUCUCAGGCCGUAGGUGCCUGGCCAGUUUCCUGUUUGUGGGGCAGCUGGGGCCUGAGGAGGAGGGGUUCACUUCCUCCUCCCACCCCCUGGGAGCAGCCCUGCGCUGUCACUGACAUCUCAUUAAAAAAAAAAAAAAUUUGCUCUCAAGGUGUUUGAGGCUUUAAUGCAACCCUUUAGCCCUUCGUUCUUUUUGGUGCGAGAACUCCGGCUGUUUACCUCAGACUCAGACCCCUGAAAUUUUGCCAAAUUCCUCAAAUAACUGUUUGGGGGGUGGGGGGAGAUGAAAGAGAGUUGCAUUUUGUUUACAGUUAAAGACAUCUAAUAUCUUAAAAAGGAGUUUUCCUUUAGAAACACACACACACCCUUCCUCUUGCUCAAAAGAUCUCACUCCAUGAUACUGUGUAAAAUAUUUUUGCACUGUUGUGAAGUAUUUUUGACUUUUUUCUGUACAUAACUGUGUUCUCAGAGCUGAAUGUUUAUAUCUUUUGCUGUGCAAAAGAAACAUGUAAAAUGUUGUUCAGUUGUAUAUACAGAAAUGUGUAUAAAACAUUUUGUUAUUUUUUAAAAGUAGCACUGUUCUGGUUCUGUUUCCACGCCAGUGGGGAGAGAAUAAAGAGGAAAAUUUAACAGAA